AUGAAUAACAUGGUGAGAUCUCUUCCCAAACUAGCUGCAAAUGUCUCCAGUGACAUUAGUAAGAAAUACGAGGUUUGGUGGAGAAUACAGGAGGCGGUUAAGAUGCUCAACACCCUCCAGAGUAAUGCACAGACUAUACAGAAAAUCCGUAAGGAACGAAACUCCCUCUCUCACCUCAACAUCCCAAACAUGAUCAAGUAUGCCGAGCGAGUGGGAAUUACUCUGGAUGAUAUUGACAGUUUGAAUGUGAUACAUGUCAGUGGUACAAAGGGCAAGGGAUCAACUUGUGCCUUCACUGAAAGUAUCCUUCGUCAGUAUGGCUACAGCACAGGCUUCUUCAGUUCCCCACAUUUGGUCGAAGUUCGGGAGAGAUUUCGCAUCAACGGCAUGCCAAUUUCACGAGAAAAAUUUGCACAUUACUUUUGGGAUGUAUAUCACAAGCUAGAAGCCUCAAAGCAGCAACAUGAUGGGGCUAUGCCAGCUUACUUUGCAUUUUGUACCAUUAUGGCAUUCCAUGUGUUUCUCCAAGAAAAGAUUGAUGUGGCCAUUAUGGAGGUCGGUAUUGGAGGUCAGUAUGACAGUACAAACCUCGUACGAAAACCUGUGGUAUGUGGAGUUAGCUCCCUUGGACUGGAUCACACAGCCAUGCUGGGAAACACCAUUGAAAAGAUAGCCUGGCACAAAUCUGGGAUUUUCAAGUCAGGAGUUCCAGCUUUCACUGCACCACAAGUAUCACCUGCUCUACAGGUUAUCAAGGAAAGAGCACAGGAGAUAGGGAGUCCUCUUCGCAAGAUACUACCUUUGGAGGAUUUAGAUUUGCAGGGAAGAAAUCUAGAACUCGGUAUUGAAGGUAACAUGCAGAAAGUGAAUGCAGCCCUGGCAAUACAGCUUUCUAAAACCUGGAUAGAGGAAAGGAGAGACAGUACCCAGAAAGAGGAUUGCAGAGGUAAUAAUUGGUGUAACAGAGAUGAAGAAAUGUGUCAGGGUCUAGCUUUGUGUAAGUGGGCUGGUCGAAAUCAAUCUAUAAAAAAACACCGACUGACUUAUUACCUGGAUGGAGCUCACACCUUAGAAAGUAUGGAGCAAUGUGUUGAGUGGUUUCAGUCUGUAUCUGAACAAGAAGCUGACACUAUAAGAGGAAAGGUUGUCAAGGUGAUUAUAUUUAACACAACAGGAGAUCGGGAUCCAUCCAUCCUGAUAACACCACUUACCGAUUGUCAGUUUGACCUGGCUGCAUUCUGUCCAAAUAUUGCCUUCAGCAAUUGCAACACUUUAGGGAAGAAUGGAGAUCUCACUAACAACACAGUCACUACAGAGAGCCAACAUUCCAGGUGUCUCCAGAACAAGGAAUGCUGGAUAAACGUUUAUCAGUCGAGAACCUCCGAGGCAGCUUUCACAGAUGGGAUCACCAACUUUUCUUCUAAACGUACACUUCAAAACAGGAACUCAAAAGGACAAACAAACGGGGCCAAUAAGAGAUUAAAAACAAACCACAAUGGCGAUACUAUGUCACAAUCAGGAAAUCAGAAUUCUUCAAGAUUGCCAAAUGAAGUUUCUAGUGAUCAUGAAGAUAGCCUCUCCAAAUCUGUGAUAAAUAAUGAAUCUGUUGAUGCAUCCAGUCAGAAAUCUGAACAAAUUGACUGUGAUUGUCCUUUAACAUGUGAAAUGGAUGUUAAUUCUAAAGUCUUUCCAUCUAUAUAUAAUGCACUUCAGUGGGCCACCCAAGGUCGUGACCCACUAGUUGUCGAUGAUAAUGAACUUGAUUUAAAUGAGAUUCCUGAAGACUUAAGGGACCCUGCCCAUAUACAGGUCCUGAUCACAGGAAGUCUUCAUCUUGUAGGCGGGGUGCUUAGAGCCGUUGGGCCAGACUACAACUAAUGAGUGCAUAGCUGUUUGUGUAAACAUUUGUCAGUCUGGAAUACAUCUUCUAAUGUGUGUGUGGCUCACAUCGUAAUUCCAGGUUGUAGGGCAGUCAGUCCUGAUAACAUUUUGUUUUGUAUGUGUCACUGGACAUCUAAAACUGUAAUCUACAUGAAAUUUACUCUCAGCCUGUCAGUCAAUUUGUAUAAUUUUCACUUCUUCACCUGGUAAUAUUGUAUCUGCAUAACAUGAAAUGUUUCAGGUGUGAUU